ACUCCACAUGACCCCUCUCUCCCUAUCUAUCUCACACUACCUCUUCUUCUCUCUCCCCCUUACCUUCUUCAUAAAUACCACCAUCACCCUCCAAUCCUCCCAUCACCACCAUCACCUUUUACUUCCAACUCUUAUCUCUCUUUACCAUUCACCCUUUCUCACCACUCAUCUCAAACUCCAAAUGGCCAUUAGAAAAUCACAGAAACUACCUCAAACAGCCGUCCUUAAGCAGAUUCUCAAGAGAUGCUCAAGCUUGGGCAAGAAACACGGCUAUGAUGAUGAUGGCCUCCCACUUGACGUACCAAAAGGUCACUUUGCUGUGUAUGUUGGUGAAAACAGGAGUAGAUACAUUGUUCCAAUCUCAUUCUUGAGCCACCCUGAGUUUCAAUUCUUGCUUCAACGAGCAGAAGAGGAAUUUGGUUUUGAUCAUGAUAUGGGCCUUACUAUCCCUUGUGAAGAAGUGGUUUUUCGAUCUCUAACAUCAAUGCUCAGGUGAAAAGAUGAUCAGUAGUGUGAUGGUGGUGCAUGUUUGCUUGGAGUAGAUGGCUUAAGACGAAGCUGCCCUAUAGUUUCUCUUUUUUUAACGUCUUCUCCAUUGUGAUUCGUGAUAUUGUUUUUUGUUUCCAUGUAUUUUCUCUUUUAAACCCAGCUGGGUUUUUGUGUCUCUAAUUACUAACUUAGAUCCCAUGAAAAAAUGCAUGGGUUUGAUCUGUAUAAACUCUGGUUUUCCUCGCAGAUGUAGUUGUUAACACCACUGUGAGAGAAGGUUUAUGGAUUAAUGCAAAGGGUGAUUUACCUUUUUAACUUACAAA